AUUUUGCCUCCAUCCAUUGUGAUCGUCAUCUCUCGUCAUGAUGUUCACAACUUUGUUUUCCUGCAAGCGCUAAUAUCGGCUACCCCAUAAGCUCCUGUUUUCACAACUACCUUGACCGCAAUUCAACCAUUAUUCCUUUCUUCUAGUUCCACUCGAAAUGGCCACUGAAGAGUCACGCGUACUCGACCAUCAACCAGGUCGGAUAUUCGAUCGUGAUCGUGAUCAUCGCACACAACGCGUCCGCAACUAUAUUGAUAACGUCGUUUUGGAUUCCGGGUCAGAUAUUGACGUUGCGACACCAUCAUCUUGCCCAUCACUCUCGACAGUAUCCGAUAUGGAUCCAUCGCAAUGCACCCCAUCACAAUCUACACAAUCUAAGGAUUAUUGUCACUCGGAUGAAAUAGCAUACAAGAUUGGACUUUCUUCCAGAAACGUCAAUGUUGACCCUGGGGUUGUUCAAUCAUUUGUGAAACCCGAGUUUCUCAAUGACAGACCAGCCAGCUUAUUUAUCCCUAAAGAUAUCCAGGGUUCUUUGAAGUCUGCGGUCGCUGUCAGAGACACUGCCAUCAACGAGUCAACAUACGUUUUCAUAAUGACUCCGCUCAUCAUAGACUGGCUCGUCGACUUGCCACACUUGAAGUUUGCUUCAUCUGUGCAAUGGGAAACUGAGCAUCUUGAAAUUUUAGGCGUGCCACACGACUACUCGGCAUGCCUAAGCCAAAAAUUACCAUUGCGUUCGACAGGCAGUCGCUAUUGCAAGACCAAGAUGACCGUUCAUUGUUUGUAACGCCCCCGUACGAAUUCCCCAUUGCUGGCAACUUCGAUUUUGCCUUCCCAUUCUUUGCUGUUGAGGUGAAGCUCAGCGACCCCGAGCAGGCAUGUCUUC